UGGAGCCUUGACGACUUUUCGCUGCUCAAGAAGUUGUACGAGGGCAGUCUGUCGGUGGUGUGUCAGGCGCAGCACAAGCGGUCGGGGCGGCACGUGGCGCUCAAGAUCUACAAGCGCUCGCGGCUGCAUGAGAUGGAGCGGUUCCAGCUGGCUCGGGAGAUCUGUCUCCACAUCCGCAUCGUACACCCCCACGUCGUGUCACUGUUCGCGGCGUGGAAGGACGCCAAGUACGUCUACCUUGCUCUGGACUGGGCGCCUCUGGGCAACAUGUUUGACUUCCUGGUGGCUCGGGGGGGCCGGCUGGGGGAGGAGGAGGCGGCGCGGUUGGUCAUGAAGCCGCUCAUGGCGGCGCUGGCCUUCCUGCACAGCCAGCACUUCAUACAUAGGGACGUCAAGCUGGAGAACCUGCUUCUGGACGGUAGCAGCUGCCUAAAACUGGCUGACUUCGGACUGGCCAUCGACCAGAAGUUCGAGCAGGCCAACACACGGCUGGGAACGUUUGGUUACUUUGCUCCCGAGGACGCGUCCGUACGGGGGUACGACAGCCAAGUGGACGUGUGGAGUGCAGGAGUGGUGGGAUACGAAGUGCUCACGGGCAGAGCGCCCUUCAGCGCCGCAUCACCAGCCAAGAUCAUUCAGGCCAUUCGCACCCGGGUGCUGGAGUUCACGGGCAUCAGCGAGGAGGCCAAGGACUUUCUACGCAGCGCACUUACCAGGGAUCCUGCCGUCAGGCCCACAGCAAAACAGCUGCUGAGCCAUCCCUGGAUCGUACGACAC